AUGAGUGCAUAUUUCCAUGAAACAAAACGAUGGAUAGAGCAGGGUGACACGUCUUCACAAAAGAUGCACUUACUUACGGUACAGCAAAUAAUGCAAGCAAGAAACCGGAUCAAAAAUUACGUGCGACGGACUCCGCUAGAGUUUUCACCGUUCUUGAGCCAACGUUGCAGAGAUUCCAAAGUUUAUAUUAAAUGUGAAAACCUUCAAUUAACUGGUUCUUUUAAGAUACGUGGCGCUUUUAACAAAGUUUGUCUCUUAAAGGAGAAAGAUGCCAAUAUUAGUAAAAGAGGUGCUGUGUCCGCAUCAACAGGGAAUCAUGCAUUGGCUUGUACUGAAGCCAUGAACCAACUUGGUGUUCCUAUUCGAGUGUUUGUUCCGGAAAAUAUUUCCUCUGCCAAACAUGAACGGCUAAAAGUCAACAAUGCAAUUUUAACUCUUCAUGGCCAAGAUUGUAUUUUUGCAGAGAAUGCGGCACGUAAAUAUUCUGAAGAAAACAAAAUCCCGUUUAUCUCCCCUUACAACGAUACUGAUGUAGCUGCUGGUCAAGGAACAAUUGGAAUAGAAAUCUUUGAAGACUUACCAGAUGUAGACAAUGUGUUGGUUCCUGUGGGAGGAGGAGGGCUUAUUGGUGGAAUAGCUGCUUACCUGAAAGGUGUCAAUCCAAAAAUCAAGGUUUAUGGCUGCCAACCUAUCCAAUCAAAAGUUAUGUAUGAAAGCAUCAAAGCUGGUUCUAUUAUAUUUGAAGAAUCUGGGGACACAUUGUCCGAUGGAACGUCUGGAGGAAUUGAAGAAAAUUCCGUGACCUUUGAACUCUGUCGCAAUUAUGUCGAUCAUUGGCUCCUAGUGGAAGAAGAACAUAUUGCUAAAGCCAUUUAUUUUAUGUUAUCCCACCACCAUAUGAUGAUUGAAGGAGCAGCUGGAGUGUCCCUUGGUGCUUUCAUGACCAAUAUGGACCAAUUUGCUGGGCAGAAAACGGUUAUUAUUGCAUGUGGUGCAAAUAUAAGCAUGGAGAAAUUGAAAAAAAUUAUCCAAAUGGAAGAAGAGAAAAUAAUUUAG